AUGAAUUACUUUCAGAUGGCCAAAAGACAGUACGAUUUACUCUUCAAAUUACUACUGAUCGGCGACAGUGGAGUAGGGAAAACAUGUAUUAUGUACAGGUUCUGUGACGACGCAUUUAACACAACUUUCAUUUCGACAAUCGGUAAGAUAUUGUUCUUUAUUGUUUGUUUCAAAGUUUAGGUAUUGAUUUUGACGUUUUGGAGGCACUUAUUAGCCUAUGUUUUUAAAAACAUGGAGAAUCUGAUAUUUCAAGAUAUUUUUGACCUACUAUUUCUAAACUUUUGGUAUUACUUUGCCUAAUAUUUCAAUUUUUUAGGUAUUGACUUCAAAAUUAAAACGAUCGAACUCCGAGGCAAGAAGAUUAAGCUACAGAUCUGGGAUACCGCUGGUCAGGAGAGAUUCCACACAAUCACGACGUCGUAUUACAGAGGUGCAAUGGGAAUUAUGUUGGUAUACGAUAUCACAAAUGCCAAAAGCUUUGAUAAUAUUGCUAAAUGGCUUCGUCAGAUUGAUGAGGUCAGUUUUUGCUAUUUUUAUAUAUUUUUUCUUGUUUAGAUAUUAUUUUUUGGAUUUCGAUACAUUUUAUUGCGUUGGUAUAGGUAUAAAUGACCAUUUUAUUGUGUUGAUACAGUUAUAAUUAAAAGUUUAAUGACAUUAUUUACUUUCAGCACGCGUCAGAAGAUGUUGUAAAGAUGAUAUUGGGCAACAAGUGCGAUAUGACAGACAGACGAGUGGUGUCCAAGGAAUGUGGGGAGAAGAUUGCGAUCGAUCACCAGAUCCGAUUUUUGGAGACCUCAGCAAAGGCCAAUAUUAAUAUUGAUAAAGCCUUCUACGACCUGGCCGAAAUAAUUUUGGAUAAUGUAGGUUUAUGUAUAGAUUACCAUUCUUGUAAACCUUUAUGUAUGGUUUUUGAAGAAAACUAGGAAAAAUGUCAUACUUACGAACUUUUUGGCCGAUCUUUGCUAUGUUAACAUGAAAAGGCUUGCUUUUUGAUGAAAAACAAUGGUUGUUAUCCCAUUAUAUGACCUUAAUUGCUUUUAAAGUAACCAUAUGGACUAUACCAUCUUAAUUUACUUAUUAAUUUAUUUUUAUCAUUACUUAUACCUAAAUGUGACGAUUUCAGCUGCCGAACGCGAAUCCCAACGAGCCGAGCGGCAUCAGACCGGCAGUUCAAGAAGGUCAGGGCGGUCGAGCGGGUUGUUGUUGA